GGUAACCACGUGUUUCCGGAAGUAGCUGCAGUAGCAAAAGCAGCAUUAAGUUGGGAAGGUUUUCAUUUAAGGACGUGAAAACAAUAUAGACGUUACUUUGAUAAAAUCUUUCCCACGUAAUUUCGACUGAAAGCUUGUCUUUCAAACAUGUCGUCGUUCAGGAAAGCGUUGAAAUCUCGACAGAGAAACCACCAUGAACGAUCUCAGCCUGGAUUCAGGAAACAUUUAGGAUUACUGGAGAAGAAGAAGGACUACAAGCUCCGUGCAGAUGACUACCAUAAGAAACAGAACACGCUCGCUGCCCUGCGGAAGAAGGCCCUGGAUAAGAACCCAGAUGAGUUCUACUUUAAAAUGAUCAACUCCAAACUCGACGAUGGAGUUCAUGUCGCAAAAAAAGGACAGGAGGAGGAGGUGACGGAGGAGCAGAAGAAGGUGAUGAGGACACAGGACAUGAAGUAUGUGGAGAUGAAGAGGACCGCAGAGGCAAAGAAAAUUGAGAGGCUAAAAGGAGAGCUCCACCUUCUGGACGCAGACAGGAAACAAAAUAACAAGCACACAUUUUUUGUUGAUUCAAAGAAGGACGUGCGGUCCUUUGAUCUGGCCACACACCUGAACACAGCGCCUGAGUUGGUGGACCGGGUUUACAACAGACCCACUCUGGAAACCCUGGAGACCAAACGCGUCCAAGGAGCGACAGAUGCUGCCAGUGUGAAGAAAAUGGCCAAACAGAGGAAGCACCAGUACAAGAUCCUUUCCCAGAGGAUUGACAGAGAGAAGAAAUUAUUCGUCAUCAGUCAGAAGAUCCAGGCGCGCAAGGAUCUACAGGACAAGAGCAAAAAAGUGGUGAAGGUAAAGAAGGAGACGCCAAACGCUGCACCCAUUUACAAGUUUGAGCUCAAGAGGAAACGGUGAUUGGAGUAAAACUGAACCACAUGGAAAAACGACGACGAUCUCAUGAAUUAAAAACUGCAGACAUGGAAAAUUUGUUCUACACUUGUUCUGAUAAUGUUUUUUUGUUUGUUUUUUUUACAUAUCAAAAACUGCAAUGAUCCUACAAAUAAACAGAACAUACUCACAGCAAA